UGCCGCGCCGCUGAUAGAUGUUCAGUCAUCCGACACCGCCCCCUGCUCCGAGCUACGCGUCGUCGUCCCGUCCAGUAUAUCCUUCUUCUCUCAUCCGGCGUCCGGCGUGAUCAAACGCUUCAUGUUCCUUCAGAACCUCCCUCUUUUCAUCUCUCUCCGGCGAGGCGGCGACACGUACGCCAAACCUGCCUGGCCGCCGGCGGUUCACCCCUGCCAUGGCUCCCGGAAAGAUGGCACUGCUCCUCGUUCUGAUUCUCGUAUCGGCCACACAGCCAUCUCUGGCUCAACAGAGCAACGGCACCAGAAUCGCCGGUGGGUUCACGCCGACCACCAUGGCGAUGCUCAUCGUCGUCAUCGCCACCUUGGUCCUCCUCGCGCUCUUCUCCCUCUACAUGAACCGCUGCGCCUGCGCGCGCACGGACCUUCUCGCGCGCUGGCCCUUCCGCAGCACCGCCCCUGACGACCAGUCCCUCGACUCCGGUCAUUGCCGCCCGCGCGGCCUCGACCGGGAGCAGGUGGAGGCAUUCCCCACGGCGGUCUACGGCGACGUGAAGGCGCACAUGGCGCCCGGCACCAAGCCGGUGUCGCUCGAGUGCGCCGUGUGCCUCGCCGAGUUCGCGGACGCCGACGAGCUCCGCGUCCUCCCCGCGUGCUGCCACGUCUUCCACCCGGGCUGCAUCGACCCGUGGCUCGCCGGCGCGGUUACUUGCCCGCUCUGCCGCGCCGAUCUCACCGACCUGACGCCGACGGGGCAGCAGGAGGAAUCUUCUGGGGAGAAACACGACGAGUGUUCGGUGGUUUCCUUCACGGCCACGGCUGAAUCUCUCGGCAGCUUCAGUACGGUACGGAAGCACGAGCUCACGGACGCCGACUACAGCCGCUACAGGAGGACGCGGUCGGCGAUAGACGCGCCGGACCGGCACACGCUCAGGCUGCCGGAGCACGUCAUGAAGGAGCUCGGCGCCGUCUGGAGGCACCGGCUCGCGGCCAGCUUCGCCGCAGAGCACCUGGACGCCGUGGACCAGAGGACGCCCGGGCGGCUGACGUCCUUCUUGAGGUCCAUGUCAUGGCAGCGGCACCACGGGACGGAGUUAGAAGCCGGGGAGGAACACGGCGGCGGCGGCAACAAGCGGAUUUAUCCGGUGGCCGGAGCGCUGCCGGUUGAAACACCGAGCGGAUCAGGGUCUGGUGUGGACGAGAAGAAGGAGAGCUCCAAAGAUGACGCAAAUCUUGAUGGGUUGAAAGAAAUUGGUAGAGAUUUGAUAGAAUUUACAGCUCGUUGGCUGGAAUUGGUCGCCGGAGUGGAGUUUGUUUGGCGGCGGCGCGGCGAGGUCCGGUGGUGCAAAGUGCAGUUUUCACCCCCUACAAGCCCCUCCACCCUCUAUAAGUAA